UGUUCGCCAACCUGACCCCCGACUGUAAGCCUGUGGCAACCAAAAGCAGGAGGUACAGCGCGGGGGACCGGGCCUUCAUUCGGUCGGAGGUGCAGCGGCUGCUCAGGGAGGGGAUCAUUGAGCCGAGCACAAGCCCUUGGAGGGCCCAGGUGGUUGUUGUUCGGACUGGGCAGAAAAAUAGGAUGGUGGUGGACUAUAGUCAAACCAUCAAUAGGUUUACGCAGCUUGACGCAUACCCCCUACCCCGCAUCGCGGAUAUGGUCAACCAGAUUGCUCAGUAUAAGGUGUACUCGACAAUAGAUCUGAAAUCCGCUUAUCACCAGCUCCCCAUCUGCCCAGAGGACCGCCCCUACACCGCCUUCGAGGCGGGCGGCCGGCUCUAUCACUUCCUGCGCGUCCCUUUCGGUGUCACGAAUGGUGUCUCUGUCUUCCAGAGGGAAAUGGACCGGAUGGUGGACCAGUACCAACUGCAGGCCACAUUUCCCUAUCUGGAUAACAUCACCAUCUGUGGUCAUGACAGGCCAGAUCACGACGCCAACCUCCAACGGUUUCUCCAAGUGGCCGCAGCUCUGAACCUUACUUAUAACAGGGACAAGUGUGUUUUUGGUACCACCCGCCUUGCUAUACUUGGGUACGUCGUGGAAAACGGGGCUAUUGGGCCUGAUCCCGAACGUAUGCGCCCCCUGUUAGAGCUCCCUCUUCCCACCACUCUCAAGGCCCUCAGACGGUGCCUGGGGUUUUUUUCCUAUUACGCCCAAUGGGUCCCCCAUUACGCAGACAAGGCUCGCCCCCUGGUCAAGUCUACCUCGUUUCCCCUCUCUGCUGAGGCCUGCGCGGCCUUCAACUGCAUUAAAGCGGACAUUGCCAAAGCUACGAUGCAUGCAGUGGACGAGACCGCUCCCUUCCAAGUGGAGUGUGAUGCCUCCGAUUUCGCUCUGGCUGCUACCCUUAAUCAGGAAGGCAGACCAGUAGCAUUCUUUUCUCGCACCCUCCAAGGCUCUGAAAUUCGGCACUCCGCGGUGGAGAAAGAAGCCCAGGCCAUAGUGGAGGCUGUUAGGCACUGGAGGCACUAUCUUGCUGGCAAAAGAUUCACUGUGCUGACCGACCAGCGCUCGGUUGCGUUCCUGUUCAGCAACCAACAGCGGGGCAAGAUCAAAAAUGAUAAGAUUUUGCGGUGGAGGAUAGAACUCUCCACCUACACCUAUGAUAUCCUGUACCGGCCUGGCAGACUCAAUGAGCCCCCUGAUGCCCUAUCCCGGGGAACAUGUGCUAGCACACAGCUCGACCAGCUGUACGCCCUUCAUGCACAACUUUGCCAUCCGGGGGUCACCCGAUUUUACCAUUUUGUGAAAGCUCGGAACCUGCCGUACUCCCUGGAGGACAUCAGGACGAUGACCAGGGACUGCCAAAUUUGUGCCGAGUGCAAACCGCACUUCUACUGUCCUGACACGGCACAACUUGUCAAGGCCACCCGCCCUUUUGAACGCCUGAGUGUUGACUUUAAGGGCCCCCUUCCCUCCACUGACCGCAAUGUCUAUUUUCUCAGUGUUAUUGACGAGUUCUCACGGUUCCCCUUUGCCAUCCCCUGCCCCGACACCACUGCCACGUCCGUCAUAAAAGCCCUGCGCCAGCUCUUCACUCUGUUCGGGUAUCCCUGCUAUAUCCACAGUGAUAGAGGGUCCUCCUUUAUGAGUGAAGAGCUGCGCCAGUACUUGCUAGCUAGGGGCAUUGCUACCAGUCGGACCACGAGUUAUAAUCCCCGGGGUAAUGGCCAGGUAGAGCGGGAGAAUGCCACAGUGUGGAAGGCCACACUUUUAGCCCUCAAGUCCAAAGGGUUGCCGGUCUCUCGAUGGCAGGAGGUCCUCCCUGAGGCACUGCACUCUAUCCGCUCUCUGUUAUGUACGUCCACCAAUGCCACCCCUCACGAACGCCUAUUCUCUUUUCCCAGGAAGUCUGUCACUGGGACCACCCUACCAGUUUGGCUGACGUCCCCGGGGCCAGUGCUGCUCUGGAAACAUGUGAGGAGCAAUAAAUACUCCCCGCUGGUGGAGAGGGUUCACCUUCUCCAUGCGAACCCCCAGUAUGCUUACGUGGUCUUACCUGAUGGGCGGGAGGACACGGUCUCCAUCCGCGACCUGGCACCCGCAGGUGCAGCAGACCACUACCCUGAAGGCUCUCCGGUAACUGUGAACCCUGCACCAGAGGUGACACCGUACUCACCAGGCCCUACACAGACUCCUCACGACACUUGUAUACCGGGCGUUUCGUACGCAUUUAUACCAGGCGCCUCGCACAUGCAUGAGGGAUCACCGGCGCCUAGUGGGCAAGAACACGCGCAACCCCCGUCCCCUGUGCAAUCGCCAAUGUUGCCGGCACCUAUGCGGUCACAGCCGGUGCUACGUAGAUCGCAGCGACAGAUUCGACCGCCUGAUCGGCUUGACUUGUAAGAACCUUCGCUACAUGAGGACUUUUUCAAACGAAGGGGGGGUGAAUGUGGUGAACUAUGUGCCUGUCGGGACACGCCCCUGCUGACUGCUCCUGUGGCUCCUCCCACAGGCCCCUGUAUAAAGGAGACCUGCGGCCUGAAGAUCGGCCUCAGUCUCCAGGACCUUGUAUGAUAGACACUCACUCCUGGUUCCU